AUGUCUCUCCCUGAGAGGCCGGGGCAGAGGCCCUCCUACGAACAGCGACGCUCCUACCGUCAGUCACCAUCGCGGCGCAACCGCCCAACCGACGUCGAGACAGGAGGGUAUUAUCCUGUCGAGAGACCAGGACAUGAACGCGCGCCAUCAGGAGUGUCCUUCGCCGAUACUAUUAAUAAUCCUAAUACGACCACAGAGAGACUUCCCCUUUCUCCAGAACCGGAGGAAGGUUACGCCAACGACCCCCCUUUAUCGCGAAAGAGAAGUUUGGUUCGGCCAGAGAGGAGGAAAAUUGGCAAGGACCACCCCAAUUAUCACUACCGGAAGCAUGCUGCGAACAUGAGCGUUUUGCCGUCAUCCACUGGCAAUGAUCCUAUCGUGGAAGACGUCGAGGGAACUACCGAUGUGUCAGCAGCCAGAACACCUGAGGGCGGCUCCGAGGAAUCGCCAAGAAGGAAGCACAGCGGAGAUGCUGAAAAAGUCAGACAUAGCAAGUCGAAACGAAGAAGACAAUCGGGUGGCGGCAAACUUUCCAAGGGCUCUAAGAGGGAGUCAAAACGGAAAGGCCCUAAGGAGGUCAUACGCCCGCCGAGCAUAUGGAAUGUCUACUGCGCCAUUGUCACCUUUUGGUGUCCUGACUUUAUGCUAGGCUGCUGUGGCAUGAAGGCCAAGGCACAGAAAAGAGCGUGGAGGGAGAAGAUGGGCCUCAUCAGCAUCAUUCUCUUCAUCAUGGCUUUCGUUGGUUUCCUAACUUUCGGUUUCCAGCAAGCCGUUUGUGGUUCCUCCACUAUACGGCUACAUGUCAACGACGUUGACUCCGGAUACAUGAUCUUUCAUGGUACUGCAUAUGACCUGUCGAGCUCAGUCCAUCCUGUUGCGGAUGGCAUACCCUUGACCUCCAAUGGAAAGCUGCCAAAUGUUCUGUAUGACCUAUCGGAGAAGCAUGGUGGCCAGGAUGGCAGCUUUCUGUUCCAAAACGUCAACGGAAAGUGCAAAAACCUCAUCACUCGGGCAAGCAAUUCCAGCAUUCCCACCGAUUCGAAUAAUGAACUAGCUUGGUACUUCCCCUGCAAACCAUUCAACCAGGACGGCUCCUCCAAGCCAAACGACACAACCGAGUAUUACAACGGCUAUGCAUGCCAUACAAGCCAGACAGCACGGGACGAGUUCUACCUCAAACUUAGCGGAACAGGUGAUGUGUACUUCACAUGGGACGAUAUCAAGAACAGCUCCCGCAACUUGAUUGUCUACUCUGGAAAUGUGCUCGACCUCGACCUCCUCAAAUGGUUUGACGAGGAGCAGGUAUCGAUCCCGGACCGUUUCAAGGAGCUGAGAAAUCGGGAUACGUCGGCCAACGCUAUAAUCCACGGCCGUGACGUUACCCGGGCUUUUCAAGCUGCUGAAGAUAAGCAACUAGCCGAGUGUUUCGAAGAAAUCAUCAAGGUCGGAACGAUCGAUGGCGAUACGGUUGGCUGCAUUGCAUCCAAGGUGGUUCUUUACGUCUCGCUGGUACUCAUCCUGUCUGUGGUCCUUGCCAGAUUCGUUUUAGCAUUGAUAUUUCAGUGGUUCAUCAGCCGCAGGUAUGCAGCAAUCAAGACGUCCCAAACCGCGAACAAGAAGAAACGCAACCGCCAGAUUGAGGAUUGGUCCAACGACAUCUACAAAGCGCCACCACGGAUGCCGGGCGACCUGAGCAGCAGCGUCGGCGGUUCUGACAGAACGAGUAAGCGUGCAAGCACAUUCUUGCCGACGACCUCUCGGUUCUCAGCAGCGUAUGGUGCUGAGCGUAAUCCUCGACGUCCUCAACCUACGACUAUGGCAAGCCAAGCGUCCACCGGUCCUCUUAUCCACCCCGGUUCGUUGUACAGGCAAACGAACGAUAGUCAUUCCAGCUUCAUCAACUCGGAUUCCUACGGCAACAGCGGGGGCCCUAUGCCUGGUUCAAUGGAUGUUUACGGCCCUGCCGGCUUUAUCCAUGAGGCCGUCGUACCACAGCCGCCUUCGGAUUACCAACCUUUCGGGUUCCCCUUGAUUCACUCCAUAUGCCUUGUUACUGCCUACUCCGAGGGAGAAAUGGGUCUCCGUACGACUCUGGACUCGGUUGCCAUGACAGAUUAUCCCAAUAGCCACAAGGUACUCUUAGUUAUUUGCGAUGGGUUGAUCAAAGGUGAGGGCGAAAGCAUGACAACACCCGAUAUUGUACUUGGCAUGAUGAAGGACCUCACCGUAUCACCGAAAGAAGUGGAAGCCUUUUCGUACGUUGCCGUGGCCAGCGGUUCAAAGCGUCACAAUAUGGCCAAGAUUUAUGCUGGGUUCUACGAUUAUGGCGCCAAGUCCGCCAUUCCCGUUGACAAACAGCAAAGGGUCCCCAUGAUGCUCGUUGUCAAGUGUGGUACCCCAGAUGAGGCGAACAAGGCCAAGCCAGGCAAUCGGGGCAAACGCGACAGCCAGAUCAUCCUCAUGUCUUUCUUGCAAAAGGUUAUGUUUGAUGAGCGCAUGACGGAACUCGAAUUCGAAAUGUUCAAUGGUCUCUGGAAGGUCACUGGCAUAUCGCCCGACUACUACGAGGCUGUUCUCAUGGUCGAUGCCGACACCAAGGUGUUCCCCGACAGUCUGACCCACAUGCUCUGUGCCAUGGUCCGGGAUCCCGAUAUCAUGGGUCUUUGUGGUGAAACCAAGAUUGCCAACAAGAGAGCUAGUUGGGUUUCGGCCAUUCAAGUCUUUGAGUACUUCAUCUCGCAUCAUUCGUCCAAGGCCUUCGAAUCGGUUUUCGGCGGAGUCACCUGUUUGCCCGGUUGCUUCUGCAUGUACCGAAUCAAGGCUCCCAAAGGUGCUCAGAACUAUUGGGUGCCUAUUCUUGCCAACCCGGACGUUGUCGAACAUUACUCUGAAAAUGUGGUCGACACGCUGCACAAGAAGAACUUGUUGCUCCUCGGUGAAGAUCGAUACCUGACGACACUGAUGCUUCGAACAUUCCCCAAGCGCAAACAAGUAUUCGUUCCCCAGGCCGUGUGCAAGACUGUCGUCCCCGAUGAAUUCAGUGUUUUGCUCUCCCAGAGACGACGAUGGAUCAACUCAACCAUCCACAACCUUAUGGAGCUUGUUCUUGUGAAAGAUCUGUGCGGUACCUUCUGCUUCAGUAUGCAAUUUAUCAUAUUCAUCGAGCUGAUCGGCACUCUCGUUCUUCCUGCUGCCAUUGCUUUCACCUUCUACGUCGUCAUCAUAUCAAUUGUACACCAGCCUGCGCAGGUCAUUCCACUGGUUCUGCUUGGACUCAUCUUAGGCCUCCCGGCCGUGCUCAUUGUGGUCACCGCUCACUCGUGGUCAUAUGUCGUCUGGAUGUGCAUCUAUCUUGUUUCGCUUCCCGUGUGGAACUUCGUCUUGCCCACAUACGCAUUCUGGAAGUUUGACGACUUCUCGUGGGGCGACACCCGGAAAACGGCAGGCGAGAAGACGAAGAAGGCUGGCAUCGAGUACGAGGGUGAGUUUGACAGCAGCAAGAUUACCAUGAAGCGCUGGGCCGAGUUCGAGCGCGAGCGACGGCUGAAGGACAACUACUGGGGUUCGCGAGAAAGCGUUGCUGGUCCCGGCGGCGCUGGCUGGUCUACCGUCCCUGACGUCCCUCCGCAACGAUACCCUUACGACGAGCAAUACUAUUCGGAUGCUUGA